AAACAUGGGUAUGUAAAUUUUCCCUCCCAUUAAAAUAUUUUAUUCGAGGGCAGGCAACAUUGCAAUAUAGCUCUAAUUUGCUCACGGACAACUAUUCAUAAACAAAGAGAGGUGCAGAGUUCAAAUCCCGUGGACACUAUUGUGCACAAGUUUCUCGCACCCUUCAAAUGUACUAGAAAAAUGCAUACCAUGCAAAUGCAAUCAAGACUCUGCACGUCAGAGCCAUGGUGAUACCACAACAACAAUCUUCCCCGUCAGCCGCUUACAUCAAAUCGAUCAGCGUACGCGGCUUCAAAUCCUUCGGUGAAGAGCCGCAGAAAUUCACGUUUAUCAAAGGCUUUAACCUCAUUGUAGGCGCCAACGGAAGCGGAAAAUCCAACAUUUUAGAUGCAAUAUCUUUUGCUUUGUGCACCAAGACUUCUGCACUUCGAGUCCGUUAUAAUUCGGAGCUCCAGUCAACAGACACUAAGGAAGCCUGCGAAGUUGUACUUGAAUUGGCCAUCAAUGGAAAUAGUGGACAAGAGCGUGUUGUAAUGCUAAGUGCUACAAUAAAUCCAGAUGAUUCCAGGCAGUACAGAGUCGAUGGAAAGAACAAAUCAGUUAAAGAUGUUAAGGAAAUCCUACAAGAACUAAGGCUCUAUCUUGAAGGAACAGGUGCCAUAGUUCACCAAUCACAGGUCACAGAACUAGCUGAUGGCAACUCAUUGAAGUUGCUCGCAUCUAUAAUCUCUGAAGCAUCAGGCGCAGGAAGGUGGAAUGCAGAAGUGGAAAAGGCCCAACAAGAGUUGAAAAAGACAAGGAAAGGCCUUGAUGAAAUUCAGGAAAAUAUAGUUUUGCUGGAAAAGAUAAUUGAAAAAGAUCAAACAUGUCUGAAGGCCUUGUCUAGAAUAAAACAGCUUGAAUCAGAAGUAGCAUUUAUUUCUAGUCAGUUGUGUACCUUCCUGUCAGAGGAAUUACUAUCCUUAAGAAAAGAAAUUGAUGUAAAAGUGGAUCAAUUGAACUCUGAAGAGUGUAGGAUAAACGAACAACAACUUAUUCUGGACAAAAGAAAAGCUCAUAUCAAGGAACUAAAAAAUCAGUUAAAAUUGCCCUCAGUGAAUCUUGAAAGUGAAAGAGUCCAGCUUCUUGAUACUAUUGCUAUGAAGGAGGAACAGAAAUCUAUGUAUGAGAGAAAGCUUCAAGCUGCGAAGGAUGCAAAUUUGAAAUUGGGUCAUCUUGAGCAACUUUUACAUAGUCUCACGGAGAAAAUUUCUUACAUAAAUUUGCAAAUUGAACAGAAGCAAGGACUUGUGAGUAGGCUUCAGAGUGAGAAAAGCUCUUCAAAUGCCAAGGCUUCCAUUCACUUCUACCUAGAAGAACUAAAAGAUACCAUCAUUGCUUCAGAAGAGAAAAUGCAAGAGCUUUGCACCCAGCAGCUGGUGAUAGAAGAUUCACUGAAUUUUCUUUCUGCCAAGAAAGAAACAAUGGAAAAACAACUUAUAGAAGCAAAAGAGAAGUUCACUGUUUUAUCUGAUUUACUUUGUUCUUUUCAAACACAUGAUGAUAACUCUAGGAAGAAGGCAUUAACUCAGCAGAAAUUAAAAAUAGAAGGAGACCAAGAUGAAUUGGAAACCAGACUUAGGAUGAUAAGUGCUGAACUUGGAACAUUAAAUGACAUAGAAUCAGCUUUGCCAUCAUGGCCAUUGCACUCAUGUUUCAGGUUUAAGAAGGGACUUGAAGAAAGUCAUAAAUAUUUUCUUGCUCUAAAUAUUAUCUCAGGAUCAUUAAAGAAGACCUGCGUAACAGAAUCAACAGAAGCAGCGGCGGAUUUGUUACGAAUAUGGGAGAAGGCUGGAAAUAUUUCCAGAUUUGGUCGUAUCUGGCCCCUUGACCGGCUAAGGAUUGAAGAUAGGUUUCAUCAACAGAAGAAGGCUCAGCAGAAGUAUGCUGAAGGAAGUGUUAUUUUGCCACUUGAGCAAAUAGAGUACAAUGUAAAAUUUGAAAAAGCAAUGAAGAGAGUUUUUGGAGGUUAUGUUAUUUCUUCUUCAGAUGAAGUUGCCAAAGAUUUGAUCCUUCGUCAUGGAAUUUGGAGUGUUACGCUUGAUGGCAAGGUGAACCGAUCAGGAUCUGUAACAGGAGGAUGGAGGGGCAAUGCAAAGAGCAAUUAUAUCCAAAUUAAAUUUGAGAAUGAUCAUUUCCAGGCCAAGUUGGAUUCUGCCAACAGUAUUCUCACAAGAAUAAAACAGGAACUCGAAGAACUGGAGUUGUCAUCACUCAAAUUCGAAACUCACAGGAGACAAAAAGAAGACUUGCACCAAGAGAUUAACAAUAUAGAGGAGCAGAUUAAGGAGCUUGAAAACAAGAUAAGGAAACAGAAGAUUGAUCUUGAAGAGAACCACAAAAUGUUUGCAUUUCUUAGCAAUGACAUGGAAACAAGCAAAAAGCAACUGAAUGAAUUAAAACAAUCAGAUCAUUGUAUUGAAACUGCAAAGGUUUUGAUUUCGGCACUUAAAAUGGCAAAUGAUGACGAGGCUGUUCUUCAGGGAAUUCUUGAUGAAACACUGUAUAAACAAGAAAAGAUCAAGAUGGAGAAAGUAGAGUUGCAGAACAAAGUUCUAUGUAUUGGUGAAUUGACGAAAGCUGUGCAGGCUUAUCAGGGCGAACUUCAAUUGCAUGCACAACAACUUGCGAGCAUUGAAAACAAAAUUGAAGAAGUUAAGAGAGAAAAGGAAGGUAGGUAUUUAGAUUAUUCUGCUGAGACAGCAGCUGUGGAUCAUGACAAAGUACUCAUUUCUGAAAUACAAGGUAAUAUUCAAAUGCUGAGAAAUUGCAUUGCAAAUCUACAAGCAGAUGUUAAAAAGGCUGAGAAAGAACUCGAGGCAUUACCCCAGACAGAGGGAAAUCUCCCUUCUCUGACCAAAGAUCAGACCCUGGACAAGAGUGAUUAUUUACAUAACAAGAGAAAACUCAAUAUCAUAAUGGAAGAGUUAAAGAAAAUAAAACCACAAGAAAAACACUUUUCUCUCGAUGAGCAGAUUGCUUUCAAUGAGCAGAUUGGAAAGCUUGAACUCUUCAAAGAGAGAUGGACAUCUAUAUCAGAGUCUAUAGAUAUCUUAACAGAGGGCAUUGAAGAUACCAAAAGCAAGGUGCAAAAGGCAAAUGAAGCUGCUUAUCAGGAAAUUCGGCAGUCAUUUGUAGAAUGCUGUAAGAUGUUCUUCCCGACAAAAGGGAUCGAUCUAAUCAAAAGUGGACAGCUUGUGGAAGAUGGAGUGAAAAUUUCCUUUUGCAAUAACAAAGAAGGAUCAAAAGAUGACUCUGAUGGAUGGAAGAGCAACCUAGAAGAACUCUCAGGUGGCCAGAGGACCAUUCUAAGCCUUGCCUUCAUUCUAAUGGUGGCAAAAUUCAGUCGCUCAUCUGUGUAUCUUAUGGAUGAGGUGGAUGCAGCAUUAGAUGAACAGAACCAACAAAACGUGGCAAAACUGAUAAAAAGUGUUAUUGGGCAAGAUAAUCAAAUUAUAUGUGUCAGCCACAAUAUUACUUUUCAGCAGUACUGUGAUAGAAUUAUUCAAGUGAGCAGAUCGGAUGGAUCCACAAAACAUGUUCAAAGUCACACUAUUAACAAAAGCAAAAUUUCAAAGAAGAGCAGGACACACAACUAAAGAAUAUGCAGGUGUCCCAAGAAGUGGCAUCCUGCGAAGUUUAGAGGAAAUUAACACCACAGUUUGGCACUCCAAACAUUAUAGAAAAUUCUCUUUCAGUAGCUCUUAUCAUAGCAUGUCCCAACACUGCAAAUCAUACAGCAUUGUUCCAUUUCCAAUGAUGUCAAAAGACAACUAAUUGAAGUUUCUUAGGUAGAGCAGCGCCUUUUACGUAGAAAUUUGUCCCCCGAAUCUUAGACUCAAAUCAUAAUAUCGUUUUCUUAUAAACAAAUUGUCCAUCAAAUCUUAGACUCAGCCUUAACUAAAGUAAUUGUGUAUCUUUUUUCUUUUUUUUCUUUUUUGAUAAGUCACAGCCGAAGCGAUAUUUUUUAGCUUUUCCCUGGAGCUAAGAACCAGUCAAGUAGACUUGAACCCAAGACCUCCCAUGUAGGAGGCUCACAGCUAACCGCUGCGUUGUGGGGUCAUCCCCAAAUAAUUGCAUGUAUCUAUUGCCUUACUUUUAAAGCUAAAAAAUGAUGACAGAUCAAAUAUCC